AUGAACCUUCUCAACGUGGUGAUGCAACAACGACGAGCGCGCGAGCUCGGCAUCCACGUACUUGUUGGAAAGCGCCGCCGUCCCCAGUCCAAAGACAGCCCAGGCGUAGCACAGUAUGAUUCUGUGUGGGCGUUCAUGCCAAGAAGAGGGGGAACUCUGGAGUACGAUGCUUUCAACGCCGUCGUGAUGGACAAGAUCAACACCCUGGCUCAGCAGGAGUCUGAGGAUGGAGUCUUGACAUUCUUUUCGCCCAUUGGGAAGUACAUGUCAUUCUACAUGACACCCUUCCCGGUCGACUUGCCAGAGCGCAUCUACGUCCCUCCCCCCACUUCCCUCAUGACCAACCCGUCCACCAGGUCCGACGACAGACGGCCCCUCUGGGUUGAGUUCCAGAUCCACGGCCCAUCCUCCUCCCCCACAGACAUCCCCCUCACCACCGAAGUCAACCAACAGCUCCGGCGCCUCGACUCGAUGCUGAGCAGCGGCCCAGACGGCCACAACGCCCUCCACCUCGCCGAGGUCCCAGCCUCGACGCCAGACCUGACGGCCGCCCUCGCCAUCGACAAGAGGGACUUCGUCUGCGUGGCAGAGCUCAGCCUCCUCGUCUCGACGCUCAACAGCCCGUCCGAUCUGGUAGAGAACAUGGUCACGCGCUUCGGUACCGUAGGCGGCGACGAGCAGGCUGUCCUCCGGGGGAACUACGCUGACCUACUGGGCUCCCUGUCGCGGGACUUGUUCUUCUCGUGGGUGCGCGAGGGGGACAUGGAGACCGUGCUGAGGAAGAGCAUGGGGGACGAGGAACCCGGUCUGGUGAUGCGCCCUGGGUUCACGAUGCUGAUGCAGCGGUAUGGGUUGGAGCUUGCUGCGGAGAUGGCGAGACUGGGUGAGGUUCUACGAAACUAG